AUGUCCACUCCUUCUACCGAAGUUAUAUCCGUCAUUGGAUAUCACAUCAUCCAAAACUACUUUGAAAUUGCCGCAGCAGGGCUACUCCUCUAUGACCUGGCGAUCACCCUAGAUGAAGAACUACAGUACAUGUGGCUCUUCCGGCCUCCGUCAAUGCUGUUUCUGCUUAACCGGAUCGACAUGCUGGCAAUAGUCUCAAUUGUGCUCUUCGAUAUGGUCACCUUGUUGAAUCUCCUACUAUGGACCGCUGUUUCGUCUCUUCGAGUGUAUGCGGUCAGUAAUCGUAACCGCUUCCUCACUGUCAUUAGCAUACUUUUUGGUCUCAUACCCUUCAUCGUGAAUCUGUUCGGAGCGGCGCAAGAUUCGAUUGUCCUCUAUCCACUAGCACAAUUCGGACUAUGUGCCACCACGAACCAUAACUCUCCGACCACGAGUAUCAGGGCCGGUGCUAUAGGGUCCGACGCGCUGGUCGUGCUAGUCAUCUGGUACUUCCUUUCAUGUGCAUCAACACGCUUCCGCAAUGGUUCAGCGGGUUCCUCUCUGUCUCUGAUUCUCGUGCGGAAUGGAACAUUGUAUUUCAUCGUUCUCCUCUUGGUGAACAUCCUCGACUUGGCGCUCGUCGUCACGAGCGCUUUAUAUGUCAGUUCCUCCUCAGUAAUCCAGGCCUACAACCCCCUUCCCGUGACUAUCUUUCCGAUCACAUCUAUCAUCAUCGCACGUUUCACGCUCGACCUUCGCAAGCUUGCUGCCGAAGCUCAAAACCUCGAGUCCUCGAAAGUCGUCCCAUUGUCGAACGCCGACGAAUGGCAAUUCAUGACGUCGCCCAUGAAGCCGUACAAGUCGAUCGUACGUUGGAACAGGGAAUGUCUGGACGCAGAUCCGGACAUGCCGGCUGGUUUUGCCUCUGUGACAGGGUUUACAGAUGAUGUCGAACGCGAGGGCGAUGCGGAGAUGCAAGUUGUCCAUCGUGUUUCACUCAAUGCAUGA